AUGAGAGUAGAAUCCACAGAGGCUGCACGGAGUUUGCCUACACCAGUGACACAGACGGGUCCACGAGUGGAUACAGACAUCCAUACUGCCUGCAAGAAGGGUGACCUGGACCGGCUUAGACGCAUCCUAUCUAAGGAUCUGGAAGACGUCAACCGUAGAGGGAAGGACGGACUAACACCUGCAAUGAUAGCAGCACGAUUCGGACACAGAAGAAUGGUAGACAUACUUGUGAGUAAAGGUUCUGAAUUGCAUCUCCUUGCCGAUAACACAAACAACAUCCUUCAUGAGGCCUGUAUUGGAGGACAUGUUGACAUGGUGAAGUAUGUCCUCUCUCAGAAGGUUGCAGACAUCAAUAUUAGGGGCCAGUACGGGAGGACACCCGUGAUGCUGGCAGCAGAAAUGGGGCACAGAGCGGUGUUUGACUUACUUGUGAGAGAAGGAGCUGAUGUAUCAUUAGUGGAUGAUAACAAAAACAACAUCCUUCAUGUGGCCUGUAUUGGAGGACAUGUUGACAUGGUGAAGAAUGUCCUCUCACAGAAGGUUGCAGACAUCAACAGUAGGGGCCAGUACGGGAGGACACCCGUGAUGCUGGCAGCAGAGAAGGGAUAUAGAGCGGUAUUUGACUUACUUGUGAGAAAAGGAGCUGAUGUAUCAUUAGUGGAUGAUAACAAAAACAACAUCCUUCAUGUGGCCUGUUUUGGAGGACAUGUUGACAUGGUGAAGUAUGUCCUCUCACAGAAGGUUGCAGACAUCAACAGUAGUGGUCAGUACGGGAGGACACCCAUGAUGAUGGCUGCAAGGAAGGGACACAGAGAAGUGUUUGACGUACUUGUGAGAGAAGGAGCUGAUGUAUCAUUAGUGGAUGAUUACAGAGACAACAUCCUUCAUGUGGCCUGUAUUGGAGGACAUGUUGACAUGGUGAAGUAUGUCCUCUCACAGAAGGUUGCAGACAUCAACAGUAGGGGUCAGUACGGGAGGACACCCGUGAUGAUGGCAGCAGUGAAGGGGCACAGAGAAGUGUUUGACUUACUUGUGAGAGAAGGAGCUGAUGUAUCAUUAGUGGAUGAUGACGGAAACAACAUUCUUCAUGUGACCUGUAUUGAAGGACAUGUUGACAUGGUGAAGUAUGUCCUCUCUCACAGAAGGUUGCAGACAUCAACAGUAGGGGUCAGUACGGGGAGGACACCCGUGAUGAUGGCAGCAGUAAAGGGCACAGAAAAGUAUUUGACUUACUUGUGA